AUGAGCUACCUCGUCCGCUGCAGCCACCCCUCCCGACACUCAAGAAUCGGGGACCGCGAGCCAUCCCGACACUCGCCACCGCGCAGCACGUCCCCGGGGCCUCUCUUCUGCAGCUCACGCAGCCGCCACGACGGCACCAGGAGAUUCUCAUUCUGCUGGUCUCCCUCGCAUCAGCCAAGCACCCAACAGAAGACAGAGGACACAUUUAAAUUCGGUGAUGACCAAAGGUAUCAGGGUAUUUCCCUGCCACGUCAUUUCCACGCCACGCGAUCUCCACCACUGGACGGGAAUCCAGCGUGUGAGCCUGUGACGGUGACGUUUCGGGACUGGACCCCCGUGCUGUUUUGUACUUUCCAUCGAUGGCCCAAAAUAAAGCAAAGAGGUCAGCAGAGACGCGUGGAGGUGCCAGGCUCGAUGCUAAGACACUUCAACUCUACUUGGCCAGAGCACGGGUAUGCCUGCCAAGAGACCACCAUGGUACUACGCCUUCAGCAAAUAUGCCCUUUGGGGGAAAACCCGACAGCCGCCCGUUACCUCCAGUUAGAAAAUAGGAAUCAAAAACUUAACGUUAAACUUGUCGGGGGGACUUUGGGAAUCUCCAUCCUCACCGCCGCAACAUCUUUAGGCAACGGGAAAGUCCUCCACGUUAAACAGGGUUAAAUCGUGUCCAGACGAGGCCAUCUGCUUUGAGUGACAUCUAAAGAUUUGAAACCAUCUCAAGGGAAGAACCCCAGGGUGCGAGAUGAGGGGGGAAGCCGGAGUGGUGGUUAAGGGCACAAGCUUUUGAGCCAGACACGCUCCAGUCCAAUUCCGGCCCCGCCUCUAACUUGUGACCGUGCGACCCGUGACACGUUACCGAGCUUCUCAGAGUCUCCGCGUCCUCAGCUACGAAAUAAAAACAAUCACACCGACAUCAUAAAGCUGCUUGGACACUGAAAGGGUUACUGUGGAAACUGCUCUUAACACAAUAUGUAAUGUUUAAGAUGCAUUCAACAAAGGGGCACCUGGGGGGGCUCAGCUGGCUAAGCGUCCAACUCUUGGUUUCAGCCCUGGUCGUGAUCUCACC